AAUACCAAAAAUGCCAAAAAAAAAUUUCAAGAAACAUUUUAUGUCGAAGCAAACGUAAGAGUAGCAGUAGAAGAAUGAACAUAUGACAGUACGAGUGAUUGAUAUACAAGUAAACACUAAAGCAAAUUUCCCAUACAUACACUUAGCAAAUUUCCCAAUUUUACCCUCGCGUCAUAUUUCAAAUCUACAAUAACAUAACCCGCUUCCCUCCCGCUCACCAAACCCGCCUCUCUCUCUCUCUCUCUCUCUCUCUCUCUCACUCUCUCUCUGUGUAAAGCUUUGUUUUCAGUCUCUGAAGUAAACCCUGUGAGAAUCUCUCUCUCUCUCUCUCUCUUCAACGGCGUGCCACUGAAUCAGCUUGACUCACAGGUGUUCGUUGAAAUCCAUAUUCAAAAGCAAGGGAAAUGGAGGGCAUUUAUAAAGAGUUAGAUGAAGUCAAAGCAGAGAUGGUGAAACUAAAGGCAGAGUACCAGAUCAAAAUUGAACUUUCUGAGAGCUUAAAAAGAGCCCACAAUGAGCAAUUACUCAAAUAUCAAGAAGCUAAGCAGCAGAUUGAGAAACAAGCCCAAGAACUAAAUUCUAAGUCUGAGGAGAUAUCAGAAGCAAGGCAGAUUCAUGAGGACCUCAAAUCCAGUUUGCAUGAAAAAGAAAUUUCUCUUAGGCAUUUGAGUUCUGUGAAUGAAAAACUCCAAGCAGAUUGUGGCCAGAAAUUGCAAAAGUUGGAAGGAGAAAAUAGAGAGUUGGUGUUGGCUUUGAAUGAAGUGACGGCUAGAAGCAAAGAAUUGGAGCAGAAUGCUUGUGCUAGUCAUAAGGAGAUUGAGGGCCUUAAAAGUAUAUUAAUGGUUGCAGAGAGGAAGUGCUUCGAAGUAGAGCAAAGGGCUAAAAAAGCCAAAAAACUGAGGCAGAGAGAUGAUGUGAUACUGAAAUUGGAGGAGGAAAAUAGAGAUGUUCAGGAUCAGUUGAAAUGGAAGAACGAGCAGUUUAAACAUCUUGAAGAAGCUCAUAAAAGGCUCCAAGACCUGUUCCAGUUGAGUAAGGAGGAGUGGGAAAGAGGGAAAUCGGCAUUGCUUGCAGAGAUCUCAUCAUUACAGACAAGCUUAGAUUCUCAAACUAGAAUCUUAGAAGGUCUUCAAACUCGUUUAGAGAUGUGCAACCAAGCUUUAGCUCUUGAAGAAAGCAGGAGGAAGUUUCUAGAGGUUCAAGUAUCUGAACUCAAUUCACGUUUUAAUAAUGUUUUUUCCCAGCGUGAUGAAGAAAAUUCAAAGAUCCAGAACUUGAUUGUUCAGAGGGAUGAAGAGAUUGCAAGGCUAAGAAACUCACUGGGAAGAAAAGAAACACUCGUAAAAGAAAUGGAAUUUAGAAUGGUUCACGUCGAGCAAGAGAAUCAGGAACUUGGAGAAUCUCUCAAAGAAAUUCGGGAAGCUCAAAUUAGGAAUGCUGGAGCUACUUCACUAGCAAAGCUGCGCAACAAGCUUAGGGGCUUGGAGCAGGUACAUAGCAAUUGUUCCACAAAUAUGAAAGCAAAAGAAUCGAAAUUGAGUUUUCAAAUAGAAAAGAUGAGCAAAGAAAUAGACAGUUAUAAAUCUGAACUGGAGGGUAAAGAAAAACAAAUAGAGGAGCUCCAGAAGGUGCUUGAAAGUUGUCAUUCUGCAGUUGAGGUUUUAAAUGAAGAAAUUCCUAUAGUAUGCAUGGUCUUAAAAUCAGAAUUUUCAGAGGCUUACUCCGAAAUAUUUAAUGCAAAAGCAGAAAUGAAGCUGCACAACAAAGAGAAGGAAGAUAUAAAUCCCCCUCGUACAGAGCAGUUGGCAGUGAAUAAAUCUUAUUCUGAUAUUCAGAAAGAAAAUGAGGAGUUGACGUCCUUAAGGAAGAGGGUCGAGUCCUUGGAAUGCAUACUGGCAGCCAAGGAGGAUGAGCUUCAACAACAUGAGAAAAUGCUCAAGGAAUCGUCUGAAUGUCAACUUCGCUUAAAAGAGCAAGUUCUUCAGUUGGAAAGUGCACUACAAAAGGAGAAAAGAGAUGUUUUUGAGGCUUUAGAAAAGGUGAAUCUUGAGUUGGCUGAAAAAAGUCGUGAAGUCAGUCGAGUAGAAUAUGAAUUACAGAAUUGGAAGUCUAAUGCUGAGAGCCUGAAAGCUUGCUUUGACGAAAAUCAGGAAAUAUGUAAACAAAUGGAAUCUUCCCUUAUCAAACAAGCCAAGCUUGAGCUAACGAUUAAGAAUGAGAAAGAAAGCCUUCUCUGCAUUGUCAAAGAGCGGGGGAAAAUAAUUAAAGGUCUACAGCAAGAGAUUGUUUCUCUAGAAGCUAGAAUUGCAGCCAUGAAGGAAGCUUUCAAACAAGAGAAAGACAGCAUUCUCCUAAUUGCUAAAGAGAAGGAUAGUUUCAUAGAAAAUCUCCAGAAAGAUUCAACUUUCCUGAAGCAAGAAUCCAUGAGAAGAGAAGCAGAAGCUGCAGUUCUUGGAAGGCUGGCAGCAGAGAAAGCCUUUGAGCAAGAGAAAGGGAGGCUGUUGCAGAUCAGGAAUGAGAAAGACCAGAGAAUAAAAGAUCUCCGAGAACUGGCUAUUUCAUUGGAGCAAGAUAUGAAGAGUACAGUGAUCUCCUGUUUUCAAGAGGUCAUAGAAAAGCAGGUCGAGAUUAAUGUUCUUGGUGAAGCUAUAAAGAACGCUGAGUAUUUGAUAAAUGUAGAGAUUGAAGAGAAAAACAAGUUAAUUGCCAAUUUAGAAAUAGAAGGCUGUAAUUUACGGCAGAAACUGGCAAUUGAGGGGGAAUCCUUGCUUCAUUCAAAACGACAGGCAGAGCAGCUUCAAGAAUUACUGGAGGCCAAAAAGUUUGAAACAGAAAAGUUAAUGGAUGAGCAGAGGAAGAUGGAGGGCUUAGUUAAAGAGCUUGACUUGGAAAAAGAAACUCUGCUUAAAGACUCCAUGAAGUUAUUGACAGAAAGGCAGGAUCUUUUGGUUUAUAUUCAGGAAUUUUGUGAUAAGAUUGGUGAAUUUUCUUCUGAGGAUGUGAAAUUGAUGAAAAUUUUGGGAAGAAUAUCACAGAAUUCUGAGGAAGAGAUUGGGGGAGCAAUGAGUUCGAUGAUGCAUAGUGAGCUCUAUGAUUCUACUAGAGAGAAUGCAGACCCUUGUAUUUCUGGCACAACAAAGAAACCGAAUGUAGGUGGUGACGAAAGAUCACCACUGAAAGAUGUCAACCACAGGCAGCUAUAAUUAGGGGAACAAAUUAUGUCCUGAAGAAUAUGCUACAAGGACCUAGAUUGGUCUCUGGAUGAAGAUGAAGCAAUGUAUUAGUAGAAGCUAGAAAGGGUUCCAGCAUUUCCAUUAGCAGCCCUUGCAUUACCAUCCUGCCGUUUGAGUUAGAACCACUGGCAAGGAAUUGAUACCAUCUUAUGUUGUAUUCUUUUGUAAAUUAGAUUCGAUAAUUGGCAGUAGUCCAUUGAUUGUUUACUCUAUGGUUCGCGUGAAAGAACUUGUGUUGGGAAAUUACUUGCAUAGUAGACACAGUAUGAAAUUUGCAAUUGCAGAAAUGGGCAAUUUGUGUGAGGAUAUGUUCAAACAACCAUCUAU